CUUUCUUUCGUUUGAUCUUAUACUUACAUCCUUUCUUCCAAGUUUAUCCCCCCACAAAAAAAACCUCCUUAGUUUGUAACGCAACUACAUUGAGACUGUCGCUGCUGUGGAAAUGAAUCAACCGAAAAUAGUCAUAAUUGGAUCGGGAGCUUCCGGCAUUGCCUGCGCCACAAAACUAUUGGAUUAUGGUUUCGAAAAUGUGAUAAUUGUUGAGGCUGAGUCAAGGAUAGGUGGUCGCAUUCACACAAUACCCUUUGCCGACAAUGUCAUCGACUUGGGUGCCCAGUGGUGUCAUGGCGAGAAGGACAAUAUGGUCUACGAAUUGGCCCACAAACAUGACCUGCUCGAGUCCACCGGUGAUGUCUAUGAAUCCUAUCAGUGUGUCCGCUCAAAUCGUGAAGUUGUACCUGAAGACGUCAGCCAGCGACUGAAAGAUAUUGUCAACGACAGUCUGGUGACACGACAAAUGGAACUGCGCAACUGCAACGGAUCGCUGGGCAGUUAUUUGAACAAUAAAUUCUAUGAGGCUUUGAGGCGUCCGGAAAAUUCCGAUAUUGAUAUGGCGAUAGCUAAGGAGUUUUUUGAAAACUAUAAAAAAUUUGAAAAUUCCGUUGAGGCUUCCGACACCCUGGACGAUGUGUCGGGUAAGGGCUAUUUGGAAUAUUGGGAAUGUGAAGGUGAUAUUCUGCUGAACUGGAAAGACAAGGGCUAUGUCGAGUUCUUACGUUUGCUGAUGAAAUCGCGGGAGGUGAAAAAGGAGUGGGGAAUAUUGGAGAAGAGGAUACUGCUCAACAAACAGGUGGCAACAAUUGAAUGGAAUCGCAAUGAUUGUUGUGUUCAGAUACGCUGCGUGGAUGGUGAUAGCUUUGUGGCAGAUCACGUGAUAUUAACUGUGUCCUUGGGCGUGUUAAAGGAACAACAACUGAAGUUAUUUGAACCGAAACUACCAGUAGAAAAACAACGGGCCAUAGAUGGCUUGGCUUUUGGCACGGUGAAUAAAAUUUUCAUUGAAUUUCCCCAGCAGUUUUGGCCCGACAAAUGGACUGGUUUCACAAUGCUGUGGCGUGAUGAAGACAUCCAGGAGAUUCGAGGCACAAGCCGGGCAUGGCUGGAGGAUGUGUUCGGCUUCUAUUGUGAUCACAAUCAACCUAGGCUGUUGAGUGGUUGGAUCAUCGGUGCCAAUGGUCGGCACAUGGAAACACUGCCAGAGGAUGAAAUCCUAGAUGGUUGUAUGUUUUUAUUCAGGAAAUUCCUGCAAUGGGACAUCCCUGAACCCAGCAAUUUCCGGGUAUCCAAAUGGUAUACCAACGAGAAUUUCCGUGGUUCCUAUUCAUUUCGUUCCAUGUACACCGAAGAGGUGGGUACCAGUGCCCGCGAAUUGGCCCAACCUCUGAGUGUGGUCACGACCAAACCUGUUUUGAAUGGUGAACCCACGGUAGAACCACUGUACAAUCAAUCACGUUGUGAUAAACCCAUAGUGCAAUUUGCCGGUGAGGCAACCAGUGAUCAUUACUUUUCAACGGUGCACGGUGCCGUGGAAGCGGGGUGGCGUGAGGCCACACGUUUGGCCGAUUUCUACGGCAUGCUGAGGAAGAACUGCUCGGCUGCUGUCAAAUCAUCCUUAUAACAAUUUUAGGACUUUAAAUGUCACUAAGUGAUUUGGAUGUUUUAGGUAAUUGGUGGGGAGCUGCAGAAAUAGUUCUUCGCCGAAUACCUUUUAACAUCCUUAGAGACAUUUAAAGUCCUGAAAUAAAACGAAAAAAAGUGAAAUAAAUCAAUUUUUGGUUGUCACAAAAGAAAAUAAGCUGAGAGAAGGAAACAAAAAUUUCGGUUACCUUUGAGAGAAAAAGAAAGAGAGAGAGAGAGAGAAAAACGUUAACCUAUGUUUUGAGUUUCAAAGAAAGCACAACAUUUUACUUCCAUUAUAUUCCAUAGAGACGCGCGGUGGUUUCAAGGGACAAUACAGUAAGAAGAAGAAGAAAGUGUUGUAUGUCUCUGCAAGAUGACAAUGUUGACAGGGUUUUUUAAUACCAGGACUGGAGAAGGGUGUUAGUGAAGAUUUUUUUGAAUAUUUUAUUCUAAAAAAAAUGUAUGUAGAAAAUCUCUAAAAGUCUGAAACUCGUAUGAGGUCUCAUUUCUAUCCACGGAAACCACUUACACCGCCAGAUAAUCUUAAAUUGAUAGGGAGACAACUAAAGAGAAUAAUCCGUAAGGUCCACAGUUUAAGUCUUAAGAUGCAGAUAUAUAGAAAAAUAGUUUUAAUGGCUUAAGUCGUCGGCUGACUUCUUUGUAAAAGAACAAAAGACUUGUAAGCUGACUUAGUUCAAUUUCGACCCAUCAUUUAUACGUGUUCACCUUACGCUCCUUUGUUUUUUUUUUUUGCGAAGAAGAGAGCCAGUGACUUAUGCCGGAAAAAUAUUUCUAUGUGUUGUCAACUUUAUACCUGUUGAGGAUCAAUAGUAAUUUUGGUUUUCUUUCUUUAGAGAUUUUUAGAACACCUGCAGAAGUUUUUCUGUUCCUGAAAUAUCUUUUGUCAAGAGAAUACCAAGAUUUGACAAAAGUCCUUUCUAAAUGUCUUCUGUAUAUGGAAGACCUGCUAACGGUCUCUUGUGGACAAAAACCUGCUAAUAUCUACUUGAGGAGUUGACACAAAAACUUCAACAGGUCAUCUAUGGUCAGAAAAACUUCAGCUGGUCCUCUGAUCCUUUUGCAGGUCUUCUAUGAAUAGAUUACAUUCAGUUGAAUGCCUAUGAAUGGAAGACCAUCAUUUUCUGCUGAAGAUCUUUUAGCCAUGGAAGAACUACUGAAAAAAUUUUACCCUCGAAAUGCCAAUUAAAGGUCUUCUGCAAAGAGAAACCCGAACUAAAGUCUCCUGUUCACAAAAGUCCUGGACGAAAUCUACAGACUUAUGGUCUUCUAUUCACAUAGGGCCUGCUGCAGGGCUUUGGUCUACAGAAUACAUGUUGAAGGUCGUCUGUUUACAGAAGUACCAAAGGAGCUCCUGAAGUUUUUCUGACCACAGAAGACAUGCCGCAGGUAUUGUGUACACAUAGGACCUGCUUAAUAUUUUCCUUCGGUAGAAAGCCUGCUGAAAGUCUUCUGUCCACAAAAGACCUGCUGAGGUGCAUAGAAGAUCUGCCAAAUGUCUAAGGUCUAAGGAAUCCUGCUGAAGGUCUUUUGUCUGCAAGAAUCUUACUACAGUUCUGCUAUACUAAGAAGAUCAGAUUAUGGUGUUCCGUUCAAAGGUCUUGCGACCACAAAAGAACUGCUAGUGGCCCUCUGUCCACAAAAAAAAAAAAAACACUUAUAAGUAGUCCUUGUGACAGACUGUCUACUGCAUAUAGUUGUCUGCCGAAAUUCUUCAGUCCGUGAAAGUUCUGCUUCGUAUUUUCUGUCCAAAGAAGCCAUUCUAAAAAUGUUCUAUUCAGAAAAUACCUACUGCUAUUGCCUACCCAACAUAUGGAGACCUUCCAAAGCAUUUAUGAAAGUCAUGUAAGACUGCUUCCAUCUACAGAUCUGUAAAAGGACUUCUAUUCGUAGAAAACCUGUUGAGGAAUACUUUUUAAAAUCUUGUAGUUUUUUUAUGUUAGAAGGUUUUCUAUAUAUAAUAGGCCUGACGAAGUCCUUUUACAAAUAGGAUCGAAUUUCUGCAAAAAUAUAUAAAAAGGCAGAUCCUUGGAUGUAAGACCUAAAUAAAGAGGUCUGCUUUUGUGUCCCAUUGGAAGAUCUUUCAGAUUGCUUUUUUAAGCCCACAAAUCGAGGUUUUCUUUGGAUGGAAAAUAACUUCUCUUCAAUGACC